AUUCAACAUUCAGGUGACUUUCUAUAGAAGCCAUUUUUCUCCAAAAUUUCCAAACCCUCAUCAAAUUUUCUCACCAGAAAGGGGGUUUUUCUAAUCCGAGGCAUUUGUGAUCACUCAAGUACACUCGCAUUUUCUGCCAUGGAUCAUCCGAGCAAGAAGCUCAUCAACAACCCAAACGAUGUUGUGACAGAGUUCAUUGAAGGGCUGGUGGAAACCUAUCCAGGCUUGCAGUAUUUGGACGGCUUUCCUGAUGUUAAAGUUGUUAUACGUGCUGAUGUAUCUGGAGACACAUAUGACAAAGUGGCUGUUAUAUCAGGAGGGGGAAGUGGCCAUGAGCCGGCUCAUGCUGGAUUUGUUGGAGAAGGAAUGCUGACGGCUGCAAUAUGUGGUGAUAUUUUUGCCUCUCCUCCUGUUGACUCCAUUCUUGCAGGCAUACGAGCUGUUACUGGUCCUUUGGGAUGCCUGCUGAUUGUCAAGAAUUACACAGGUGACCGUUUAAAUUUUGGUUUAGCAGCUGAGUUGGCUAAAUCUGAAGGUUUUAAAGUGGAGAUGGUAAUUGUUGGUGAUGACUGUGCUCUACCGCCUCCAAGAGGUAUAGCUGGAAGAAGAGGUUUAGCUGGAACCAUUCUUGUUCAUAAGGUUGCUGGGGCAGCUGCUGCUGCCGGGCUCUCUUUAGUAGAAGUUGCUGCUGAAGCUAAACAGGCAUCAGAAAUGGUAGGGACAAUGGGUGUUGCACUAUCAGUUUGCACGUUGCCCGGUCAAGUGCCUUCAGAUCGCCUAGGCCCUGGCAAGAUGGAGCUUGGCCUUGGAAUUCAUGGAGAACCAGGUGCUGCCGUGGCUGACAUCCAGCCUGUUGACAUUGUGGUUUCCCAUGUCUUGAAGCAAAUAUUGUCACAGGAAACAAAUUAUGUUCCUAUAACUCGAGGCAGCAGGGUCGUGGUUAUGAUUAAUGGUGUGAUGAAGGCUGACCAAACAGUUUUGAAGCGUUUGGAUGCCCCAACUAAGGCUCCAAAUUGGCCUGUUGCUACUGACGGUGACCACCCACCUGCUAAGAUUCCUGUUCCUAUUCCACCAUCUCGUUCGAAAAACAAUGAUGAGCCACCAAUUCGGCCUGAGCAGCUUAGUCCUGAAGGGCAUAUUCUUGAGUUGGCUAUUGAAGCAGCAGCGAAUGAACUUAUCAGUCUUAGGGACAAUUUGAAUGAAUGGGAUGGUGUAGUUGGCGAUGGUGAUUGCGGAUCAACAAUGUUCAAAGGGGCUUCAGCUGUUCUCAUAGACUUGAAAAAAUGUUAUCCACUGAAUGACCCUGCUGAGACUAUCAGUGAAAUUGGAAAUUCCAUAAGAAAAGUCAUGGGUGGAACCAGUGGCAUCAUAUACAACAUAUUCAUUAAGACAGCAUAUGCUGAUCUGAAAGCCAAUAGGGCUAGUGCAUUUGAUGCUGGUCUUGCUGCAGUCAGUAAGUAUGGAGGAGCCAAACAAGGCUACCGCACAUUGUUGGAUGCUCUUAUUCCUGCAUCUUCUUUUCUUAAAGAGAAAUUGGCUGCUGGAGUUGACCCCGUUGAGGCUUUUGUUCUUUCUGCUGAGGCAGCUGUGGCCGGUGCUGAGUCUACUAAAAAAAUGCAGGCACAGGUGACAUGCUUGUACCUGAGCUAGAUUUAAUU